AUGUUCUUCUCCACCACUCUUGUAGCUUCUUUUCUGGCGCUCGUUUCUGCCGCUCCCGGCAACCCCAAAGUGCUGACAUUCCCCGUCACCAAGCACCACGAAAACUCCAAGUUUGCACAGCACCAUCUGCUGCACAACUCGCGACCGGACCCGCUGGUGAUCACCAACCAGUUCACCUACUACUCCAUCAACGUGGGUCUGGGCACCCCCAUUCAGAACUUUCAGCUGUUGCUGGACACGGGUUCGUCCGACCUGUGGGUCUACAACGUGACCGAUACCGCCGACUGCGCCUACCAAGCGUGUCAACAGACUGGCCAGUUUGACAAAUCCAAGUCCUCCACCUACCACUCUCUGGACGAGGAUUACUUCAUCCAGUAUGUUUUGGGCAACGCCACGGGCUACUGGGGAACAGACACUCUUUCUGCCGGCAGCGUGACGCUCCCCAACUUCCAGUUUGCAUGCGCUGACAAUGCCGAGGGCCAAACUGGCAUUCUUGGAGUGUCUGUCGCGGGCUCAGAAUCGCUCCACAAAGGACAGAAGCCCUACGCCAACUUCCCCCUGGCUCUGCAGAAUGCAGGCUACAUUGACCGACGGGUGUACUCUCUGUAUCUGGACCAGAAUGACGCUACCAACGGCACCUUUUUGCUGGGUGGAGUCGACUACGCCAAGUUCAACGGAAGUCUGACCGUGCUGCCUCUGGCUACCCCCAACGCCUUCUUUGUCGACUACAAGAGCAUCGCUUUCGACGGCGAACAAGUAGCCGAAGCUGGAGCCGCGGUGCUCGACUCGGGAACCUCCUUCACCUACAUCCCCGAUGCGGCCUACCAGAAGAUUGCCAAGAAGCUCAACAUUGGAGACAACACCUUCUUCGGCAUGACGACGGUGGACUGCAACAAGGACUUUGAGCUGGAGUUCAACUUUGACGGAGUCACCAUCAAGGCCCUCAAGGAACAGAUGCUCAUCCCUUCCGGCCUGGGCGAUUGUUUCUUUGGACUUCAGUCCAACACGCUUUCUCAGAACAUCACGCUGUUCGGAGACACCUUUCUGCGAAACGCCUACGUGGCCUACGAUCUCGAAGACUCGCAGAUCGGCCUGGCCCAGGCCGUUUACACCGACAAGACCGACAUUCGCCCCAUCACCGGCCCUCUCAAAUAG